UUGAGAGCGGCAGCGCUGAGAGAGGCCGCAGCUCGCGCCGGAGAGCGAGAGCAGCGCGCGCACCGCCCGUUCACUGUAGUAUGGCAUCGAGGAGAAUGGAGACCAAACCCGUGAUAACGUGUCUGAAAACCCUGCUCAUCGUUUACUCCUUCGUGUUUUGGAUCACGGGGGCCAUCCUCCUGGCUGUGGGACUAUGGGGGAAGUUCAUGCUGGGUCCAUACAUCUCCCUGAUCGCUGAGAACUCCACCAACGCACCGUACGUCCUCAUCGGCACCGGGACCACCAUCAUCGUCUUCGGGCUGUUCGGCUGCUUCGCCACCUGCAGGGGGAGCCCAUGGAUGCUCAAACUGUAUGCGAUGUUCCUCUCGCUGGUGUUCCUGGCUGAGCUGGUGGCUGGCAUCUCUGGGUUUGUUUUCCGUCACGAGAUUAAAGGCACGUUCCUGAGGACCUAUAACGAAGCUGUGCUGAACUACAAUGCUCAGGAUGAGAGGAGUCUGGCUGUGGAUAAUGUGCAGAGGAGUCUGCGUUGCUGUGGUGUGUUGAACUACACGAGCUGGUUCAAUAGUGUUUAUUUCCCCACUAAUGGAAUUCCCCCCAGCUGCUGCGCCAACAUUUCUGACUGCAACGCCUCAGACCUACGCAACGCCACCAUAGCGGCUGGCAAAGUGCACCAACAGGGCUGUUAUGAGUUGGUGACUUCCUUCAUUGAGACUAACAUGGGCAUCAUCGCCGGAGUGACGUUCGGCAUCGCCUUCUCACAGCUCAUCGGGAUGCUGUUGGCAUGUUGUCUGUCCCGGUUUAUCACGGCUAAUCAGUAUGAGAUGGUGUAACAGAGUGGACGUAGGAAGCUGUGAAGAAGGCAUAACAUCAUUUCAGAGACCUGGGAAGGAAACCCAAGAUUCUAGCACACUCCAUUCUUCUUCUUCUUCCCUUCUGUCUUUCUUUUCUCCUUCCUUUUUCCUCUGCCUCGCUCUGCCCUGGUUGUGUAUCAUUCUUAACUGUGCAUUUUGUGUGCCAGCUUUCUCUUUCAGAAAUCCUUACCUUUACACCACACACACACACACACACACACACACACACACACUUCGCUCUGUACAAAGCCAUGCAUGCUGAAGCAGUUCCACUGAAACCCCACCUGCGUUUUUAUCUGAACUCUACUCGACGUCGGUGCGUCCUAGCUGUAGUUCUUUGUUCCGAUAAGGUUUUAAGGAAACAUAAAUCUACGUAACUAUGAUGAAAGUAAUACUAGUUUUUUGCGUUGUCGUCGUAGCUGUACGUACACCGUAGUGACGUCUUCGGAGGAGAACGUUUACGUUUCUUUCCCGCCAUUUUUUCCGAGUGCCAUUUUUUUUUUUAAGAAUCCCGCCGGAGCUGUACAGAGUUUUUGUGCUGGUGCUGCCGUUUAGAAGCUCGUCCUGUCUCAGCGCCGGAGUCGGUGUGUCCUAGCGGAAUGACCACGUAUGAGGGUAUAACGUCACGCGGAAAUACGAUAUAGUAUCACAGCGUUAAGGUAGCAAUGUGUUGUUUCAGUCCGAGAUCACUGCAGAAAAUAAACGAAGGGAAAAAUCAGACGUAAUAUUUAAGAAAAAUAAACCUGUGUGAUGACGUGACCCGCCGCAACGCCGGAUUUUGUUUCGGAAAAAGUACACGGAAUUUUUUUUCCUAAAAAAUAAAGCAGCUGAGAGAAAAAUCCCAACCUGACAGAAAAGAUUCUUAACAAAAAAAUAAAAAACAAAAAGCUGCAUGUCUCAGAUUUCACAAACAGAGAGUUUUUAUUUAUUUAUUUAUUUUUGAAAUCCCGGAGUUCAAGAUGAUGAUGACGUGGAUUUCCUGCUCCACGUGUCCGUAAACAAAAUUAAACCCAGUUGUACUGCCCGGUUGUUCGGACAAUUCCGCUAAUCAGGUUUUAAAAAUCUCCGGAUGAUCGUCUCCAGGAUAAACGAGAUGACGAUUUCUUUUCCCCUUCCAGAAGCUGGCGUCGAGUUUGAACAGGAGGUGUAGCUGACUGCUCGAUGACAUUUUCAGCUACAUUGCUAUUAAAAUGCAAAUAAAAAAACAACAAAAUACUAUCGAAUCGGAGGCCGACAUCACGGACGCUUCAGUAACGCACCCAGGCGUUAGUUAUAGUUCCUUUGUUAAGAUUAAAGUGAACAGUCAUAAGUUUCAUGUACGUCGUAAUUCACAUGAAACGAAACGAUCUGGACAUUUUGUGUGAAGCGGGUCAGCAGGAAAUGAAACGUUCCAGCGGCUCGGUGAUAUCUCGGUGCCUGAUUAGCAGAGUUCUUCAAUAUUCGCUUGUCUCUGAUAACAGACUUGGAUCAUGCGGCGCGUUACUCAAGCUGACGGUCGGAGAAUACGGCGUGUCCGGGUCAUCGUCUGUUCUACGUCACUUUCUGAGUCGAUCACAUCAAAUUUUCUUGUUCAAACGUCAUUCGGACAUAAAACUACAAACCUGCUAAUCAGCUAGUAAUCCAAACCCUGAAUCAGACAAGCGGAGGGAUUGUGACACUUUGAUUGACAGGAUGAGAGAGAAUAUGCCCCUCCCAACACCUAGCUCUCGUCCACAGAUAACUGUGCCAUGGAUGGGAUUCAAACUGGUGAUCUCACAGCAGCAGGACCAUGAUACUCCACAGAAGGUCAUCGCAAUACUUUAAUACAGGUUUAACUGACCGCGGUAUUUAGCCACGUAUCGGCGUGUCCUGUCUUUGAGCUGACAUUUUGUACAUGAUUCACUACAGAGCAGAUCACGAGCAUGUCUCCCGAGGUUAGGUUUCUGUUCACUAGUGCCAAAUGUGGGUGUGUCAUCGAGCCCAUAUAUGGACCGUGAGGGGGGCGGGACUGAGAGCUGUUAUCCGGCUAGAGUCAGUCAUUUUUUGUUCAAUCUACACGAGUCAUGUCCAGUACACGGUCCUGCUCGUUAGCUAGUAAUCAGUUCAUGCAGUUAACAGGUUACUGAAGCUAGGUCAGUUCUCCUUCAGACAAAAACUCAUUUUAGUCACAUUUUACUACACAAACACACUAAUAGCUCUAGUUAAUAAGUUGAAUCCACACGUUGUGGCGUUUCCCAGAGCCGGAGCUCCUGUGGCUGUGAUCUCGGACUGAGCCGCGGCGUGUGAUAGCGGUCAGGCUGCUGGCUCCGUGUUUAAAAAGCCGUGUUUGUGACAUUUUGUUUUUGAUAUUCUUUACGGUUUCAUUAAGAUUAAUAUGACGAUGUAAUGACUUGUGUUCUACAUGAAUUCUGCUUUUUUCAGCUUCCCCUAGUUUCAGUCCGUCGUUCAGUAUUAAAUUAGAGGAGAAACGGAUCGGUCAUCCAGCGCCAUCCGAAUCCGAACAAGCGAACGGAUAGUGACACUUUGUAUAAUAAAAGAUUUUUAAAAACGCAUCACCAGCUAGCAUGUGAGCAAAACUCUCUGUUGGUUAUUGUAAACGACUGUGAUAUCUGUUAAUAAAAUGGUUCUUUCAUCGUUAACAGCG